AUGACAACAGCUGAAACCACGACAACAGAAAAAAGAGCGAUAAGUCCAAUUUGUCCUCCAGAGCAACCACCGUUGUCACAUACCUUCAACACCUCUCCCCACACCACCGAGGAAAACAAAGACACAGACUCCACCAAGCCUGCCCGUGAUAUGACUCCGCCCGAAACUGGGCGGAGGAUGUCUCCGCCCGUCGUACAGAACCGACUCCCCGUGGGAAAGUCGGGGUUCGAUCGACAUCAGCAGUCGCGAAAACUCCUCACCACGCACAAACAGCACCCGAGAGAGGAGAAAAACGGAGGAGGAGGGUCAAAGAAGUGGUCCAGGCCGCUGGACCCCGGGUCCAGGGGGCGUGGCCUGUUUGAUGUGGACCCCAGGAGGACUCACGGAGCGUCAAAGGUCGAUGAAGACCCAGCGAUCGAGAUCCUAGUUAAAGCACGUCCUCGUCGGAGAUCAGGAAAGUGA